CCAAGUGUUGAUAUCACAAAUAAUGUUUUGCAGCUUCCAUAUAAUUAACAUUCUUCUGUUUCAAUAUUUUGUAUACCGACGAUCAGGCCAUAGCCUUGCAUCAUGUAGUUGUCGGAACUCAAUAUGGCGUCGGACCUCGUCGUACAUCGAUGCUAAUAGUUGACCGCAGGUUCAUUUCAACGUGAUUAUUUUUAGUGUCUCGUACGUUGUCGAUAAUACUUGCCAGUCUUGCCAUUGUUCUCAGGGAUAUGUGAGGAUGGAAAAACGUUCAAAACAAACGAAGCUCAGUCAUAAGGAGUGGCGUUGCAUUGUGAAGAAGGAGCGUCGCAGGCGUAAGCGACGGUUAUUGGCUCAAGAACGCGACGCCAAUGAAGAACGCUUGAGGGCAGCACUGGAAAACAAUGUGGAAUAUAUGCAAUUUUGCGCGGAAAAAGAGAAACAAGAGAAAGAAACAGAAGCGCGAGAACAAGAGAAACGUGCGGAACGAGAGAGACUAUGGCUAGAAGAAGAAAUAAGAGCGCAGAAAAAAUGGCAAGAACUUCAGGAACAAAAAGCAAAGGAGGAGCAAGAGAAACUGGAGCAGGACAUAAAGAUUCGCGAAAAACUUGAGGCAAAGCGUGUGGCAAUUUUAAAGAAAAAAGAUGAGGAAAAGAGAAAACAAGAGGAACAAUUUCGUAAACAAGAACAGCUUCAGAAGGAGAUCAAUGAUUACAUCGACAAUGGAGUUGAAACUCCUGAAAUUUUACGUGAAAUCGUCGACAAUCAACCUACCAAGGAACUCUGUCCAUUUUUCUCGAAAACAGGUGCUUGCCGAUAUGGAAAUGCGUGCUCCAAGAAUCAUCGUAAAUUCUUUCUGAGCAGAGUGAUUUUGAUACCCGGAUUCUAUUCACAUUUCUCCCUCGAGAAGAACUUAGCAGAAUAUGACACUGACGUGGCUCUCGAAUUCGAGAGAUCAGAAACAUUGCAUCAUUUUUACGAGUUCUAUGAAGACGUAAUAACUGAACUGGAGUCGUUCGGCAGGAUUAAAACCCUUAAAUGUUGCUGCAAUAAAGAAAUUCACUUGCGCGGUAAUGUGUACGUUCAGUAUUACACGGAGAGAGAAGCAGCUAGAGCUUGGAGAAACCUGAAAGGACGAUGGUAUGCCGGCAGACAACUCAACUGCGAAUUCGUCAACUUCACAUCUUGGAGAAGUGCCGUUUGCGGCAUAAACAAGUGUCCGAAGGGCAGUAAAUUCUGUAAUUUUCUUCACACCUUUCGAAAUCCGCACAAUAAGUACGACAUUAAGAGUCCUCGAAGGGAUAAAAGCAACUCUAAUGACAGCAAGCGAAGCGAACAUAGAAGUAAAUCUAAAUGGGAAGAAUCCGAUCGAGAUAAUAGCGAAAAAGAUCGCAGCUGGAGAUGGUCCGAAUCACCCGAGACUGAAUCAGAUCGCUCGAAAGAUCGCACAAAACAUUUUCAUUCCACGAAAAGAAAACGAUCACAGAUAUCUACGCACAAUAAAAGACAGAGAAAGAAUUUUAAAUUAACUAUGAAAAGUUCUAAAAUUAAAAUAUCGCCUAGAAAGAAACAUCAUCAUCAUCAUUCACAUCGCAAAAGGAUUCGUGAGAACAAAGAUGAAGGUAAAGAAUACGCGUCCAACAAUCGCCCUUCUAAAAGAAUAAAAAGAAAUCUUUCUUGAAAGAAAAAUGA